GCUCGGAGGAUUAACCCGGGUUUGAUGGAGAACAGGGCCGGACAGAGGCUCACCACGGUCCGCAGAGAAUCCUGAGCCGGUUCCCCUGGUUCCUGUGGUUCCGGUGGAGGAACCUCCGCUGACUCAUUCAACACGGUUUCUGUCGGCUGCUGAGACGAGCACGGCGCCAUGAGCGGGGCCGCUCUGGGCAUCGAGAUCGUGGUGGUGUUUUUCCUGGCGCUGUUCCUGCUGCAUCGAUAUGGAGACUUCAGGAAGCAGCAGCGCAUGGUGCUGUUCGGCACGCUGCUCGCCUGGUACCUGUGUUUCCUCAUCGUCUUCAUCUUACCUCUGGACGUCAGCACGACCAUCUAUAAGCAGUGCAAGAUCGACCAUGAGGAGCACGCGACUGUUCCCACUGUCAACCCUCCAUCGUCCAAUCACACAACAACUAACUCCUCUGUCGCUCCCACUAAGAGUUCACCUAAGUUGUGCUACAAACCGUGGAGCUACAUCCCUGACGGCAUCAUGCCCGUGUUCUGGAGAGUUGUGUACUGGACGUCUCAGUGUCUCACAUGGCUGCUGCUUCCCUUCAUGCAGUCAUACGCUCGCUCAGGAGGUUUCUCCAUCACUGGGAAAAUCAAAACGGCUCUGAUAGAAAACGCCAUUUAUUACGGAACGUACCUGCUGAUCUUUGGUUCUCUGCUCAUCUACGUGGCGGUUCAUCCUAACUGGCAUCUGUCCUGGUACGAGCUCCAGACCAUCGGGAUCACUGCAGCCAACACCUGGGGUCUGUUCCUGCUCGUCCUGCUGCUGGGAUACGGCCUGGUGGAAAUCCCUCGCUCGUACUGGAACAGCUCGCGACACCAACACCUGCUCAUCAAGACAUACUUCAAGGCGUCCAAGCUGAUGACGGAGAAGGCGGAUGCAGAGGAGAACCUGGAGGACGUCAUGGAGGAAGUGAGAAAAGUCAGUGAGUGCAUCAAAUACAAUCAUCCACUGAGGAAGUUCAUCGACACCAUUCUGAGAAAGUGUCCCGUUGAUUACCAGGAGAAGAUGGGCCGGAACAUGGACGACUACGAGGACUUUGAUGACAAACAGAACACGUAUCCCAGCGAGAGGAGUCUGGUGAAGCUUCAUAAACAGGUGAUCUAUGCGGUGCAGAGACACAACAGGACUCGUGUUCAGUGGCAGAUCCUCCUGCAGCAGGCCAUCCACCUGGAGGACGUGGCCAAGAAUGAGACCAGCUCCAGUCACCAGUUCGUCCACAGCUUCCCGUCGUCCGGCCCAGUCAGCUGGUUCAACAGAUACGUCUACAACCCGACUGCAGAGUGGUACUGGGAGUGUCUCCUGAAGUGCUGGUUCUAUCGGCUGCUGUCCGUGGUGCUGACCCUGUUCAGCGUGGCCGUGGUCUGGUCCGAAUGCACCUUCUUCAGCACGCGGCCCGUCCUCUCUCUGUUCGCUGUGUUCAUCCAGCUGGCCGAGCGAGACUACAACUACCUGUACAUCGAGAUGGCGUGCUUCAUCACCAUCUUCUUCCUGUGCACCUGCGUCUACUCCACCGUGUUCCGCAUCCGGGUCUUUAACUACUACUACCUGGCCUCCCAUCACCAGACGGAUGCUUACAGCCUCCAGUUCAGUGGCAUGUUGUUCUGUCGUCUAACUCCUCCACUGUGUCUCAACUUCCUGGGUUUAAUCCACAUGGACUCUGCCAUCUCCCACCAGCUGAAGGAGCAGACAGCCUACACCUCAAUCAUGGGAUCAAUGCGUGUUCUCUCCUUUAUCGCUAACGGCUUCUAUAUCUACUACCCCAUGCUGAUCCUCAUCCUCUGCAUCGCCACUUACUUCAGUUUGGGAACUCGCUGUCUGAAUCUUCUGGGCUUCCCGCAGUUCCUGGGCGACAGUGAAAUGACCUCUGACCUCAUCGAUGAGGGGAAGGAGCUGAUCCGACGAGAGAAAAGGAAGCGGCAGAGGGUUGAAGACGGAGAGAACAGACGCAGAGAGUGGAAGGAGCGUUACGGAAACCAGAGGGAGGACUUGGCUGCGAGGAACCGGAGCAGCCAUGAGAUGAAGGAGACCAGUUACUCCGACACUGUGACCUCCAGCAGCAACAGACAGGCUAAAUACUCUCGCUCUGGGAGUCGAGUGGAGCGAGACCACAUGGAGCUGCUGCAGGACGCCGAACCUUUAGACUUCAGCGCUGAGACUCUGGCAGACGACCCUCUGGACGCCGAGCCUGGAAGACACGCAGGAGGACGCUAUCUGUCCAUGUCCUCGUCCCGCAGCCGGAUAUUUGACGACGUCUAACGGGGACGAGAAACGUGAAGACAUGAACAUCGCUGCCUCCACGUCCACCUGCAGGAAGUGACCUCCUCCACGUCCUCGUCUCCCAGCAUGCACAGCAACAAAAAACACAGGUCACGUGUCCCUGAAGCUCCGUCACCUGAACAUUUUCACUUUGCACCAGUUCUCAUGUCCGGCUCAGCCGCAGGUCGAUGAAGACUCUUCUGAAGGAACGUGAAUGUUACUAAACCCUCGCUGCCGGAUCCUCAUCUCAAUUCUCCUGCUGAAUCCCCUGCACUGUCUGUCUGAGCUGCAUGUGCUGAGGCUGGAGUCGCUCUGUGAUCGUCUGAGCAUGAAAAUGAAUCAGCAGCAGCUGCUUGUGCAACACAUCACUUUACUGAGGGUUAAUGAAGGACCUGCAGCGCAACACAUUUUAUUUAUGUUUUAUUUUUUGACCUAAUGUUCAUGUUGUGUAUUUGCUGUGAGAAACAGUUAUGAGCAGGUGAUCCAGUCACUGACGCACUCGGUGAUAAACGCGGUUCACGUGUAAUAAUGCAACUUCCUCUUUUUCAUGUUUAAGGAUUAAAAAGCUCAGAAAGUGACUUAUUUAUUUUAAGUAAAUUUAAAAUUGAGAUGAUUCAUUUACAUAUCAACAGUUUUGGUUCAGGUGUAAAUACACAGCUUCAAAAAACAUGCGGAAAAAAAGUGCCCUUAGAGCGACUUUAUAAAAAGUAUAAAGGCUCAAGAAUGGAGCCCUGAGGAACUCCUCACCUAGAUAACAGGUCUGUUAACGGGACCAUUUUUUAUUCUGUCUGUUUGACUUUGUUACGUGAGCCACAUCAACCUGAUAAUCUGAUAGAUAACGUGUUUACAGCUGGUUCUGCUGCCCCCAUGUGGACAAAAUCCACUGAUGUGGAUUAAAGAAGUGGUUACGUGUCGGCUCUAAAGGAACAAACAGACAAAACCUAUAAAUGUAUUUAAAUUGUUAUUUCCUGAUCGUGUAUUAUUUCGUUUGUCUUAAUGUUCAUUUACGAAUUCUCAAUAGUCCUGAUGAAUCCAGAACUUUAGAAUAUUUGGUGAAUUCAUGUAUUGAGUUUACAGACGGUUAUGCGGCCUCCAAGUGGCCAAAAAGAGUAACUGCACAUUAGAAGUAAUAUAUUUAAAUUAAAACCUUAAAAAUUUACAAGUGACACAAUGAUACAUGAAAGCUAGUUUAACUAACACUAGUAUAAUUCAAGAUUUUUAUGAAAAUAUUAGUUUGUAGUAAAUCGGCUCAAAUGGGCCCAGGUGUAGAUAUUGUUAGCAUUUAGCUCCGGGGCUGAUGAAGAGUCCAGUGACUGUGUUCACCUUCACACCGGCUUCUCCUCAUGUCUUCUCAGUGACACUCGUCUGUACAUAUGUAUGAUAUGUUUUUGUAUGAUAUGGGUUAAUAAUUAAGGAUAUAGAGGAGAAUGUGUAUUUAUGGUGUGAUUUGUGCAGCUCGUCCACCUUCUGUCUCUUUCUCUGCUCAUUCUGCUGAGGACCUUUCUGAUGAUCUCAUAUUUAUUGUCGUAGUGAUCUCGGCUCUUUUGAUUUGUGAUUGUGGGGACAUGUGAUGUACAGUAGUGACGAUGGUGUGUGGCUCACUCUGCUAAUAAAGCUGAUCAUAAACA